AUGGGUAACAGCUCUAAAAGAAAGAAGGAGAAGGCGAAGGACUUCCAGAAACCCAAACUCAAGGUUGGGAAGACCAAGGCCAAGCCCGACAACUACACGGACACCACAUUCAAGUCCAAGUCAAUUGUCCUCACUCAACAAUCCCUCCACCUUGCCGCCCCAACCUCCAAUGCAACCUUCACGCAUAACCUCUCUCUCCUCGCCGCCAAAUCCGACACCCAAAGACGAGAUUCCCUCGCCUACCUCACAACCACCAUCUCCUCUCGCCCCGUCAACUCCCCCCUCCCACAACCAGUCAGCGUCAUCCUCCCAUCCCUCCUCCCACUCAUCCUAGACGCCUCCGCCAAUGUGCGCACCCAACUCCUCAAGCUCUUGAAAACCCUCCCAGAAGGCGACGUUGAGGACCACGUCGGCCAACUCCUUCCCUACGUUCGCGCCGGCAUGACCCACCUCGCGGCCGACAUCCGCAGCUCCGCCGUAGACAUCCUCUCAUGGAUGGUCGAAGCAGCGGGCGAAUCAACAGUGUCAUGCGCAGGCGGAUGGAUCAAGACCCUCAAUUGUUUCCUGUCCGUACUGGGCUGGCACACAGAUGAGUCCGCGCGGUGGUCUUCGAGCCGGGCCUCGUUUGGCAAAGCCGGUAGCCAGGGUAAACCUAUGGUCAAGACGUUGGGAGCGUUGUCCGAGUUCCUUGAAGCGGGUAUUGGAAAGCCUGCUGUUAAGGAUGUUGAGAUGUCGGAUGAUGAGACUUCGUGGCCGUACCCGCUUUGCCAGACCGAGCAUCACAUGAUUUCGGAGUCGUCUACGCCGUUCGCGUAUUUGAAUUUAUCGGGUCAGCCGCGCGACGAGGAAGGUGAGAUGUAUGAGACGAGGGAGGAUCGGUUCCGGGUCUUUUCGUCGAGGUUCCAUCCCGCUAUGGAGCGGGGGCUGAAGAGUGCUAGGGAAGAAGGUGGUGAAUUGGGUCGUGCUUCUUCGAGCGUGACGAAGGUGCUGAAAGAAGCGAUUGCAUACGGCGCAGGGCCGUGA